GAAUUGGCACGGGGGGUUGAGCGUCGGUGACUCGUGCGAGACAAGCACGGAAUGGACACAUACUGGUACUAACAGAACUGCUAUAAAAGCAAGAAUCAAGGAAUGGAGUGCAGUGACAUUAUUCUCUACGCUAUUGGGACUUAAAUGGCGGAUUCAGUGUCGGUGGACAUGGAAGCCAUCUCUCCUCCACCUGAGGAACAUAUAAUAAGAACUCGUCAUGGUCGUGUCUCCGUUGCUGUGUAUGGGGACCAGGACAAGCCAGCGCUAAUCACGUAUCCUGAUUUGGCUUUAAAUUAUGUCUCCUGCUUUCAGGGGUUAUUAUUUUGUCCAGAAGCCUGUUCACUGCUGCUCCACAAUUUCUGUAUAUAUCAUAUUAGUCCACCUGGGCAUGAGUUGGGAGCUGCUGCCAUUGAUCCAGAUGAUCCAAUUCUUUCUGCUGAUGACUUGGCUGAUCAAAUAGCUGAAGUUCUUAACUAUUUUGGUCAUAGUACAGUCAUGUGUAUGGGAGUAACUGCUGGGGCUUACAUUCUUACCUUAUUUGCUAUGAAGUAUAGACAUCGUGUUCUUGGUUUGGUACUAGUUUCUCCUUUAUGUAAAGCACCAUCUUGGACUGAAUGGUUGUACAACAAGGUCAUGUCAAAUUUACUCUACUUUUAUGGCAUGUGUGGGGUGGUAAAAGAAAUAUUGCUAAAGCGGUACUUUAGCAAGGAAGUUCGAGGCAGUGAUUAUUUGUCAGAGUCAGAUGUAGUUCAAGCAUGCCAAAGGUCAUUGGAUGAGAGGCAGAGUUUGAAUGUGUGGCGGUUCCUUGAAGCAAUUAAUGGGAGAUAUGACAUAAGUGAAGGAUUGAGAAAAUUACAGUGUCGUUCACUAAUUUUUGUUGGGGAUAUGUCUCCUUUCCACGCUGAGGCUCUUCAUAUGACGUCCAAGUUGGAUAGACGACUCAGUGCCCUAGUCGAGGUUCAAGCGUGUGGAUCAAUGGUAACAGAGGAGCAACCUCAUGCCAUGUUAAUACCGAUGGAGUAUUUUCUCAUGGGAUAUGGCUUGUACAGACCAUCUAAGCUGAGUGUCAGCCCAAGAAGUCCCCUGAGUCCCUCUUGCAUUUCUCCUGAGCUUUACUCUCCAGAGAGUAUGGGUUUGAAAUUGAAACCAAUAAAGACACGGAUUUCCGUGGAGAUAUAGUAGUAGUAGUAGGUGAAUAAAGAUUGCCGCUCUUUUUGUUUUGAUUGUUGAACAAGUUUAUAUAUAGUUCUUUGUUUUGUCAAAAAUCUGACAAGGGAGGGAUGUCAUAACCUUGUAGAUAGAGGGAGACUUGGAAAGAAAUAAACAGAGGGAAAAAAAGGGGGAAGAGUUUAGUUGAAAGCAGCUGUAGUCAUUCUUUGAUUUGUAAUCAUAGACUUUCGUUUGGUUGGUAAAGCUUCGAAAUUGUUGUUUUUGGACAAAUAAAAAUAAUAAAGUUCUUGUUACCACUGUAAAGCUAACACGGUGAGCAAGCAUAAUGCCGACACCAUGCAAUGCUA